CCAGCGUAGUCAUGGCGAGAAGUGACGGGUGUGCGUAUUUCAGAAGAGCCAGUCUCUUUUGGAUAGUAACAAUCACCCUCUCUAUGGGAUAUUAUACGUGGGUAGUGUUUUGGCCAGAUCAGCUCCCCUAUGAAAGACUGGGUCCACUGGGGUCCUUGUCCAAAUACCUUGUGGGGAAUCACUACCCUAUCAUGUACUAUGGCUGGUGGUUGGCCUGGACAGUUCACCUGGCUGAAGCACUUUACAGCCUGAAGGUCUGCAGCAACAAGGGGGUGGACAGUGUGACAGCUCGUGGCCUGUGGUUCCUCCAAACCUUCCUGUUUGGCUACGCCUCUCUCAACCUGCUGCUAAGAUACAGGCCCGACCCGCGACCCAAACGCCACUGAUACGAGUGAGCAAAUCCACAUCCUCCAACUGGAAGGUACUGACACCAACAAGACCCCAUCAUCUUGGCAUCUGGAGCAAAUGUCACAAAGCCCUACAGCGCUCUGCAGGACCGGACAACACUGGACUCUGCGGACUUUUCCAUAAUUCACCAUUCAGCUGUGCCUGUGAGGACAUACCCUCUGUGACGGGAGGGGCUAUCUCUCUGGGCGCUGUUAAGAGCAGCCAGAUUAUUACCAUUGCUUUACUGUCUGCUGGCAUCAGAAGAGACAUGGGUACAUUUCAAACAAAAUUUUACACACUUUUUGAAAACAAUUCAUCUUCUUUAGAUCACACUACAUGAUUUGGUAAAAUCCUCAAAGGGGGGUAGAUUGUGUGAAUUUUUAAUAUAUUUAAUUUGUAGGACUAGAGUAAUGACCAAAUGCUGUGAUUUUUUAAAAAUAUCACCAAUCUGUGUCUUUGAAGGGGGUAUAGAUUUUUAUCCCCAAAAAUGAUCAGUAGUUCAGUGAUCUGAAAUCAGUGAUCAAACAUGAUCAGUAGUAAUCACUACAUUUGUACCAUAAAUGUAACUGUCAGACAAAAAGGCCAGUAAGUAUUUGAUAAUGAAGCUGAGGGCAAGAGUUUAGUUUAACAACUUUAGCAUGAUCUGAAAUAGAGACUCGGCACACCAAUACUGUUCUCAAAGGGUUCUCUCCUGUAGUGUUCAUCCAUUAGUGGGAGGAAUCUGCUCUACAGUGAAACGGACCUUUAGUUAGUUCCAGCUUACUGCUGUCUGUGGUCGCUGUCCCCACAGUGACCAGAGCUGUGCUUCCAACUCAACUUUGUCAGGAUGGUCACGUUAUGGUCCUAAGUCCACACAGUGCUCAGCUUUGACAAGGUUUUCCUCUUGCAUUCCCAUUUGCUGGACUGACCUGGGACCAGCCUUAAUUAAAGGAUAACUGAUGGCACUCCUUCUCCCUAAGAGAUGGCUGCU